UAUUUCCAUGGGUAAAACGUUCAAUUAUCUCUAAAAUCGUUUCGAAUCUUGUGGCACUUUGUGGCGACAAUUUAGAAGGAACUGUUCACGGUCGUUUCACUCAUUUUGAAGGAUCUGAUUAUUGUGCGAAGGUCGGUGCGCAUUUGGUUACAAUUAGAGACGCUCAGGAAGCAAAUUAUGUAGAUUGUGAGCAUUGCACCAGAUACUGUUGCGGAGUGAAGGGUUUGAAAGGUUUCGCUGUGAAUCAUAUAGGUACACAAGAAAUUUUAACAAAGGCUUACCUUAUCACGGUGAAAGCUCGUAAGCGCUUCAGUUAUGCCACGAAGAUGGCCCAGCAAAAAGGAUUAUUAUCUUUUAUUUGUAUAAAAAGUGAUGAAUAA